UCGAAGGGUCAACACGCACCAUGUCCGACAGCUCGCCGCCGUCACCCACCUGCACCGCCACGACCGCCGCCGCCCUUCGCGACCUCAAGCCCUACAGCAGCUGUGGCAAGCAGGCCUCGCAAAAGGUCAUCGUCCUGACCGGCUAUGUCAGGCCUCCGCCGGCGCCGCGAAACGGAGGCGGCGCCGACCUGGACAAGAAGGAGAUCAACGACGCCGUGUCCAAGGUGCUGCAGGGCUAUGACUGGAAUCUCGUCCCCAUGACCACCAAGGUCGGCUCGGAAAAGAGGUCAACACACGUGAAGCGGCCGAUGAAUGCCUUCAUGGUUUGGGCCCAGGCAGCCAGGAGGAAACUCGCAGACCAGUACCCACAACUCCACAAUGCAGAACUCAGCAAAACCCUCGGCAAGCUUUGGAGAUUACUCGGCGAAAUCGAGAAGAGACCCUUCAAGGAGGAGGCCGAGCGGCUCAGAGUAAUUCACAAGAAAGAACAUCCCGACUACAAGUACCAGCCGCGGAGGCGCAAACAUCUCAAAGGCUCAGUCAAAAACGAGCACCACGGUUCGCAAGAGCAGACGUGCGCCAUCAAUUACAGUCGCACUUCCAAGAGGGAAAGGCCGAUGUCACCUUCUGGUGCCUCCGGAGUUUCACCCCGCAGCUCACAGGGACCACCAACCCCUCCGACCACCCCUCAGGCUGGCGACUAUUCUAUGGUCAGGUACGCGGCUGCCCUUUCAAGUGGAAGAAAUUACUACAUGGCAAGCGACCAACAUGCCGCCACUGCGUCCCCUGGGCAAGAACACCAGGCGCCAAGCCAGCAGAGCAUCGACUUCAGUCGCAUUGACAUGGGUCCGUUGCACGCCAUCUCGGACGACGGCCCCUUGCCCGAGGCCUCCGAACUGGACCUGUAUCUGCCCAGCAACAAGGGCGGCCACUUGAACACAAAUGCUGCAGGUCCCGGCGCACCUUGGGCAAGGUCGCGUGCCCUCGAAGAGCCUGUCGAUGAGGCUCGGCCAGUUUCUUACCACGAAAUGAUGCCCAAGUAUGAGCAGCAGUGCCGAGCGUACGAGGCGCCCUCGGCAGCUCCGCAACCCUCCUACCACCACCUCAACUUCCCCGACUACUACUCCUCGGCCUGGGGUGCACCGCCCGUGCAACACCCCUCGCUGCCGUCCUACCAGCAGCUGCAGAGGGUGUCCACCUACUCGGACAGCAACCACUCGGGCAACUGGAGCAACUGAUCAAUCUGCCCUCGUUGGUAUUUUGGCUAUUUGUGAAAAAUGUACUUAUUUGCUCUUUUAGUUUUUAAAAAAGAAAGGAUUUCUGUAAUUUGGCCAACGAAUCGAACAAACAUAGGAAAUUAUAAUUUUAUUUGCUUUUUAAAAUUGGUUACUUAUUAUUGCUGAUGUUUUUAAACAUCAUUUAGGGAAAAAUUUAGAAUAGAGUCAAGUAUUUGUAAAUAUUUUUACAAGUUUGAUGUAUUAUUAAAAAUAGAUUUUAUAUGAAAAAAUUUAUUAUGUAAAAUUAGAAAAUGCUUAUUGUUAGUCACCUUAUGCUGGAAGGAUAGAUCUGUUGGCAACUCUGCCUGUAUUAUCGUGUGUAUUUUGAGCGUUUUGCUAGGAAGGCGAUAAAAUAAUGCCUUACAUUAUUUUGUGAUACAUGCGUCACUCAGCGACCAAAAAGUGCUUUUCUCAACAUUCCUAUCCGUUUACUUUUAUUUCAGCACAAUUUUCAAAGUCGUAUCAACUGAUGCAUUUAUCACAAGCGAAGAUCUGAUUUAUCACAAGAAGCGAGAUCUGAUUGCUGCAAAUCUCUGACUAUUUUUUACUUUUUAUAAAUAAAAUGUACGUUGAAUUGAUGAAUUUUGCA